UUGGCUAAAAAAGUUGCAUAGUGGGCCUUUAAAAGUGAAUGGCAUCAGAAUGGCUAUGCCCACUCUAAGUGAACGACGCUUUGGGGCGCCGUGAGCUGGCGCCCCUAGAAGUCAAAUUAGUCUGUUUAGAGCCUGAAUUUCGCCAUGAAAGAUAAAUACAGUGCCAGAGUAUUAAUUCAGUGUGCAUUCUUAAGUAAAAUUAAAUGGUUUGAAUUUUUAUUUAUUUAUUUUUUGGUGUGGGAGGGGGGGCGGUGCCCUAGCGCCCUCUAUGGGCCAGCCGCCACUGACUACAGUGAUUUUUUACAGGUGCUAUUUUUCAAUAGCACCUGCUACCGAACCACGCCUAGAUAGAUUGUUUUAUUGUCCUUUAAGUAACGGUAAUGAACAACAACUUUUUUGCAACUGAUGUAGCAAAAAUGUUCUCCCAUGAAAUUAAAAUCCCUGCAACGCCUACAAGCAGAUUUUUUUUUCCGUUGAAAUCCCCGAAACGACCCCAAAACGACGUGAUUGCUUAAAAGAAAGCCCAAAGUAAGAAACGGGAUUGGCUCAUUUUGGGCUUACUUUGGGCUUACUUUCCUAAAGUAAGAAUAUGAUUAGCUCAUUUUGGGCUUACUUUGGGCUUACUUUGGCGGAACUGGCAGAACACAACAGGCGCAAGCGAGAAGUAGCGGGAUCGAUGCCCGCAUCCUCCAUGUUUUCUCCCAUAAAAUCGGCGUCAGUGUUCACCAAGUUGUCGGAUAGUGUCAUGUUCAUAUAUAGGCGAUUUUUUUUCCCAGUCAUGUUCAUAUAUACACAGGUUUAUCUCAAUAAAUUAGAAUUUUAGCAAAAAAGUUAAUUAAUUUCAAUUCUUCAAUUUAAACAGUGAAACUCAUAUUAUAUAGUGUCUUUACACCCAAAGUGAAAUAUUUCAAGCCUUUAUUCGACUUAACAUGGAUGAUUAUGGUUUACAACUGAUGAAAUCAAUCAAUCCUAUGUUUUCCUUCAGAAAAUCGGCAUCAAGUUCAAGUUCAACAAGAUCAUGUUCAUAUGUGGCCGGAUUCUUCUCUUGCCCAGUCACGUUACUGGUGCACAUGAAUACAUUUUUUAUACUGUAGCGUCACUGCGCUGGGUCACAACAAUACUAUGGAAAAGUUGAUUAAUUUAAAUUAUUCAAUUCAAAAGUCAAACUCAUAUUAUAUAGAUUUAUUAAAACUAAAGUGAAAGAAUUCAAGCAAUUUUAAUGAUUAUCGCUCCAGCUCAUGAAAACCCAAAAUUCUGUGUCUCAGAAAAUGUGAAUAUUACUUUCCAGUAGGGCCGGUCGAUCACAAUGGAGAAACGAUGUGAAACAAUAAAUAUCAGCCUUAUAAUGAUAGUGAUCUAGAAUAUUACGGUGUUAGUGUUUGGUGACAGUUUGGCAAAGUGUCGAGCAUGUCUCGUGUAGCCUACAUGAGUAGACGCAAAGCAUAAAUCCCUCUGCACACUUUGGCCCAGAAGGCUUUGUCAUCUACUUUAAGCUAUUAAGCUAUUUAUUAAGCAGAUCACAUGUGCAUUGUUUUAUAUUUCCCACUAAUUCCUAUAUGUAGGUAUAUGUAAACAUAAACAAAGGACUGUCAUACCCGUUAUCGUUUGCAAGCUAUCGGCAAUGUCGGUGAAUGUUGGUAUGAUCAGAUUUAAUGUAUCGGAACACAAGAUGAAAAUGUAAAAGUAUUAAAAAUGAACGCACACUUCAGAAAAAACUGUAUGCCUACAGGAAACUUUACACACAAGUACACUAUAUGACUAUAUACAACUCCCUGCCCAGGGCCCACAGAUUCAAAUAAGUUUAUUUUGCUGCUCUUUGUUCUGCCAACCACUCAUUGAGUGAUUUGCCAUUUGAGGCACGUGAGCAGAAGGUGGCACUGCCAUGACGACUGUGCCCAAAGUCUUUUGUUUUGGGCUGCCCAUAGUGGUGUGAUGCAUUGCGCUAUAUAAUGAACAAGGCAGUGAAGCGCAGACUUUUAUUUUGAAGGGUAGCGUUUUUGCUGUCAUGUUUUUUUUUUUUUAUUCCUUUGAGUGUUGUUAUUAUAGUAUGAGGAAAUUGUGUAAUGGUAAAUGUUCAUGUUAAUGUUUUGAACACGUGUCGGAAAUGUCGGAUGAUUACCGGAAGUAUAGCGAGUAUUUUAUUUUCUAAACCUGCACUUACCGCGUUGCUUCGGGUUCUACUUCCUCUGUGACCUUCCCUUAAAGGUAUGCAGUUCUGCUGCUCUCCCAUUUUCAUAUAUAUAUAUAUUUUUUUUAAACGAUUAAGAAAGAUAUUUAUUGUGUACUCUCGACUUAUACAUUUUUUAAAGGCUCAGUGAAUCUAACUAAAAUGAGCGUCGAAGCGUGAUGUGAGCCACAACCCCCGAUGGGAGCUUGAGCUUACAAACACACGGCCCCUGAGGUAUUUCGCAAGCAACAUCCGGUGUCGUCGGAUUUGUGAGGUAGCGUGGCCGGCGAUACACGAGUCGUACACGUCAUUAUAAUGCUUAACAAGUCAGUGUGCUCUACAUAUGUGGGUGGUGUGACGGUUCCCUGUAUGUUGUGUCUUCCAUUUGUUUCUAGGACUGGGGAGCAGAGACCUACUUAAUUGGUCAUUAGGAGUGAUUGGCGUGCACCUGGGCCCGGGUGCCAACGCCCUAUAAGAGUCUGCUUCCCCAGUCCUUCUCUCUCUGUUCUUUUCAGCUCCAUAGCCAUGCACACCUUUCAACACUUAUGUUGAAACAACACACACACCUAUAAUCCAGUCAUGCAUAUACACUCCACACUACGGACAUACUGACUUCCACAUCCCAUACUUUUAUUAUAAUGUGAGCACUUGGAUUGGUUUGGUUUGAUUAAAAUACUUAUUUUGAUUGGGAAACUGUUGUCUCCCGUGUUUUUGUUGUGUAGCCUGGCGCCCCUAGGCCAGGUGCGUAACAAAGUGGGGGCUCGUCCAAUAAUUUGUUUGUACAGUGAGUUUGGAGCGUCAAUUUAGUCUCCCUCCUGUAUUGGAUUUGUGAAUGGAGUGACGUUAGUUGGGAAUCUUUCCGGGAGGUUCCGUCGUUCCAUUGUUUGGUCAACAGUCCGGUGAGUAGACAAAGCAAUGUUACAGGCUUGUUAUUCAGACUUUGGGGAGAUGCAGUUAAUUGUUAUGAGUUGAAUUCAUCUGUUUAAAUUUGAGUUAAUUUGAUUAGGUUUGGUUAUUUCAGUACAGUACGGUAGCUGUUUGGUUCAUUUUGUGCGGUUGGAGACUUGUUUAUUUCUGGUAGUUGUGCAGCUAAGUAAACGUCAUUUGGGACGUCAAAAGUUGCCUGGCUGUUUUUUUUUUUUUGUAUUUGUUUGAUACGAGUGUCCCUGGUAGGUGCGCUUAGCUGCCUGGGUAAAAUAGCUUGUUGGUUUAGGCCGGGGGGUGGCUAGGUGCGUCAGGUGCGGCAGUAGCGAGAAGUUCGUACUGAAUAUCUCGACUCGGGGGCACGGCUAAGGGGGGCAUGCGGGUCGCCAGUUAUUGGUUGCCUUUCCUCCCCUUUGGUAUGAGCUAGGCCUUUGCGGUGGCCUUCAGUGCGUAGAAAUCCUCCGCAACCGGCACACGAAGAGGGUGGAGUUAGCUGGGGUUUAUAUAGGCUAGGGGGACACUUGUAUUGUAGUUUGUUUGUUUGUUUGGUUGGUUUGCCAGCUAGGAGGCUCUUAAAGCGCACAAUACCCAGGAUGGUGACAGUGGAUGACGUUGUUCAGUCUCCCUCGGUGGAGCUCUUAAAUCAAUGCACCAAAGACCAAUUGCUGAACGUUGCAGAUCGUUUGGGAUUGAAAAUUGAAGCUAGGGAUAGAAGGUUAAAGGAGACAUUGUUGGAAGUUUUGAAAAGAGAGCUAUGUGGUAUAGCGGUUUCAACUGAGGAACGGGAUAAGAAAGAGGAGGCGUCUCUUUCUCCCGCAGUAGGUGCCGCAAUGGCGGUGCCUUCACCAGCAGCUAUGUCAGGGUUGACGUUCGACCAACAAAAAGAAUUAAUCAAAUUACAAACUGAUCAGGAACAACUUAGGCUAGAUAGUGAGUAUGCUAUUGAAAAAAUGAAACAGCAGACAGAACUGGCUAAGUUGCAGGUAGAGCAAAAUAGAUUGGACUUGAUACGGGAUGGUAAGAUUUCAGCGGCUGCACAAGUAUUUUCAGAACCUGCAGAACGGUCUGCAGGGGGGUUUGACAUUAGUGGCAAUCUACGUCUGGUGCCCAAGUUUUCCGAACGUGAUCCUGAGGCAUUCUUUGCCAUGUUUGAGAGGGUGGCAGAUGUGCGUAAAUGGCCUGACUCGGCGCGCACAUUGAUGCUGCAGUGCGUCUUAACAGGCAGGGCGCAAGAGGUUUUUUCAGCUAUGAAUGCGGCUGACAGUCAAGAGUAUGCCCGUGUUAAGGCGGUGGUACUGAAAUCGUACGAGCUCGUUCCUGAGGCGUAUAGGCAGCGGUUUCGAUUUUGGAAGAAACAUGACAGACAAAGUCAUUUGGAAUUUGCACGUGAUUUGACGACGAGCUUUAACCGCUGGUGUAACGCCUCGGAGGUGGAAGAUUUCGAAGGCUUACAAGAUUUGAUGAUUUUGGAGCAGUUCAAAGAUUCUGUUCCAGCUCGUGUGGCAACAUAUAUCAGUGAGCAGAAAGCACGCAACGCAGCAGAUGCGGCGGCGCUCGCAGAUGACUUUGUUUUAACGCACCGUGGAGAGUUUAGAGCGGGCGGUGGCAAUUAUGUUGCUGCCAGUGAGUCGCAUGGCCGAUUUAAUAAACCUCUGCCUGUCGAUUCCAGAGCUAACGCCAACAACAGUAGGGAUGAUGUGCGUGACUCGGGGAAGGUUUGCCAUCACUGUAACAAAUGGGGGCACUGGAAAAAAGAUUGCUUCUUGUUAAAUUCCCCUAAGGCGGGUCAUUGGGAACCAAAAGGGGUUGCUACGGCAGCUCCAGUUCGUCCGGUGUCCACUUGUGUUACACCUACUUUCAGUUCAAAUGAGGAUACAUCGGUUGUAGCUCUGAAUUCUUACCGUCCAUUUAUCAUGCAGGGGACUGUGUCUUUGGUGCAGGGUGGGGAAGAAGUACCGGUAACUAUUUUGAGGGACACUGGGGCUUUUGAUUCAUUCAUUCAAGCUGGUAUUCUCCCUUUGACUAAUGUUUCUGACACUGGUGAUAAGGUUCCUAUCCGGGGCUUAGACAUGAAUAUUUUGUUGGUUCCCUUGCAUAAUGUUGUCCUAAAAUGUGAACUGUUCCAGGGAGAAGCAAAGCUCGCUGUGCGCCCAGCACUGCCUAUUCCGGGUGUGACGCUGAUCCUGGGCAACGACCUGGUGGGUGCUAAGGUCUGGGCUGGGGUCCCGCCGCCGCCGGCAGUGGUGACCUCUGUUCCCUUGGUAACGGAGGAAGCUGAUGAAUAUCUGGUUGCGGAACAGCAGGCUGAUGCCUAUCUGAAGGAGAUAUUUCCAUUGGUACGGCCAGAGGAGGAGCUGUUUGACAGUGCUUGUGGGUAUUUUCUGAAGGACUCAUUGUUGGUGAGAAAAUGGCUGUCACAUAAAGGAAGGUUUGUGGGUGAACCAGUGUUCCAAAUUGUGUUGCCAGAGAAACUUCGCCAGUCAGUGUUAAAAGUAGCGCAUAAUGAAUCUGGACAUGCUGGUGUGAGAAAAACUUAUGAUGGACUACUUAGGCAUUUCUUUUGGCCUCGUAUGAGGAGAGAUGUGUCAGCAUUUAUCAAAACUUGUCAUACAUGCCAGUUAACUGACAAGCCUAAUCAAAAGUUGAGGUCCGGUCUCCGUUGGUCCUUUUUGCCUCUGUCUGUCUUGCACCCCCUAAAGUGCUUCCGUGGUACCGGUUGCUGGGGUGGAGGCCUGUGACAGUGGGAAGGCGGCCAUUGGAGUAGAGGUUGGGUAUGAUAGAGAGUAGAUGGUAUAUAUUUAUCUAAUGUUAAAUGGGUUGCCGGUGAUCCCUUUGGGACUCCGUCUUUAUGGGGGGGUGUGACGGUUCCCUGUAUGUUGUGUCUUCCAUUUGUUUCUAGGACUGGGGAGCAGAGACCUACUUAAUUGGUCAUUAGGAGUGAUUGGCGUGCACCUGGGCCCGGGUGCCAACGCCCUAUAAGAGUCUGCUUCCCCAGUCCUUCUCUCUCUGUUCUUUUCAGCUCCAUAGCCAUGCACACCUUUCAACACUUAUGUUGAAACAACACACACACCUAUAAUCCAGUCAUGCAUAUACACUCCACACUACGGACAUACUGACUUCCACAUCCCAUACUUUUAUUAUAAUGUGAGCACUUGGAUUGGUUUGGUUUGAUUAAAAUACUUAUUUUGAUUGGGAAACUGUUGUCUCCCGUGUUUUUGUUGUGUAGCCUGGCGCCCCUAGGCCAGGUGCGUAACAUGAACCCGGAAUAGAAACGGUCAAGGUAGAUGAACCCUUCUGGAUAAUAUUCAAACACAGUUAUCCAGGGGAGAGAGUAGGAGGUCGUAUAGUAGUUUCGGAACAGGACGGAUAGCUCAAAUAAAGACAUGGUAGAAUUUAAAUGAUUGAUUGCUCUCCGGAUUUUUGGUUACUGAGGAACUCCAUGAGUGCCUGAAAGGGUGAUUAAAGCAUGGAUCCCCGCAUGCUCCCGGUCUGUAUAAGGUGUGGUGAGAUCCACUGGUACAGAGGAAUGUGUCAGAUAACCCGCAACCAUAGCUUCAACAGCAGUCUUAUUGCGUGUGUCCUCCUUAAAUCCCUUGUACUCCCUGAGAGAGCUGUCUCCCAUGGCUACCAGGAGUUUUCUGCACGCCCAAGCAAGAGACCUGUACUUCGUCGAACUGACUGCUCCUAACUCGUUCUUGUAUCCGUAGUGAGGAUUGCCGGCUACUGCAGUUAGUGCACCGAAAGCUCCCUCGAAGUCCACGGGAUAGAAUCUCUGGAUUGCUUGCCAAGGGAAGUCAGGAUGCUCCCUGAAAACCCUAGCAACCGUUGUCAUACCACUGCCUGCCGCCUGUGCAAGACACGCAGUCGGAUACAACCCCCAGGUAGACAGGCCAUCCAAUGUGCGAUAACGGGUCCAGCAUUGUUCUCGUCUACCAGAUGACCGUAGUUUGCCCACGUCCGCAUGAUAUCUUCUCUCGACAAGUUGCUUAUAAACGGCAUUGUUGUUCUCAGAUCUGUCUGUAUGCGAGCUAGCUUAGUGUUUGACACAUCCCCUCUAAGUGCAAACGAUAUGAUUGCUAGGAGAACGGUGUACAUGACACAAUCACGAGCUGGUGGAGCAUGUCGUGUGGUCGCUACAUGUACAUGCUGCAGCUUGUCGGCCAGGGUCGUCCCACCAACCCAGACCCCUGUUGCCAUGUCCCAAGGGGCGUUAGCAUGUCCAGUGAUGUAUGCAACCCACCAAGAUUGUCCUCUCAUCUGGAGUGCGUUGUCUAGGAGCAACUCCAACUCGGCGCUGGCGGCAUUGAUAUCAGGCAUGCUGCAGUCACCAUCCCCUCAAC